AUGUUGGUCAAGAAUGGAACCUUUGUCAUUGAUUCCAGUGUAUUAGAUAACAUCACGGCCGCGGUAGAAGCAGCAAGCAGCGUCGUGGGAGACCAAGUCCAGUCGGUUCAGUUGCUCGUCACUAUUUUGCAAGAACAAAAACAAAAUAAAACGGAUGAGCUUGACCAAGUGGAGAGCCAACUAGCAGCAACAACAGACCCUCCAACAACCACCGAAUUUCAUACAACAGAAGCUAAGCUGUCCACCAAUGAAAAAGUAACUACACUGCCACCUAAUUCCACUAAACAACCAACGACUACAAUGCAGCUAACACCACAGAAAACUACUGAGGAACCAACAACCGGAGUUAUAUCAACUACUGAGUUACCAAAAACCACUGAGCAAACAAUCAUAGCAUCAACAAUUACCACUGACUCACAAACGACAGAAAAUCAACGAACCACACGGUCACCAAAAAACACUGAGCAACUAACAACCAAAUUCUUGCUAACAACCACGGUGUCAACGACAAAAGUAGAACCAACCACACGGCCACAAGUAACCACCGCGCAAUCAAUCACCACGAUGCUACAAACAACUACUGUGUCACCAACGGCCUCUCAGCAACCAACAUCCACUGAUGAACCAACAACCACAGUUUUACAAACAACCAAAGUGUUACCAUCGACCUCUGAGCAACCAAUAACCACUGAUGAGCCAACAACCACAGUUUUACAAACAACCAAAGUGUCACCAACGACCAUUGAUUUUACAUACAACCACUGUGUUACCAACAACCUCUCAGCAACCAACGACCACUGA